CAGCACUAUAUAUUUUCAGUCAAAAAAUAUAAUUAAAAAAGAAGAGAGAAAAUAAAAGAAAAAUGAGCCCUAAAGCCUGUGCUGAUCUUCCAACCAUAGAUUUCUCUAAGUUAGAUCUCAAUAAUCCAAGCAAUAAUCCUGAGGAAUGGGAAUUCAUAAGAUACCAAGUUAAGAAAGCAGUAGAAGAGUAUGGUUGUUUCAAGGCAAACUCGAGCAAAAUUUCUUCAGAACUAACAAAGGCCGUCUUAAGAGAUAUAGAAGAGCUUUUUGCAUUGCCUUUAGAGACCAAAAUGAGAAAUGUUGCAGACAUGCAUAAUGGUGGCUAUAUUGGAAAAGCAACUUUCACACCACUAUUUGAGAGUCUAGGGUUUCUUGAUCCUAUUGACCUGGAAAAGAUUGAAAGAAUAACCGAUGCCCUUUGGCCUGAAGGGAAGCCAAGUUUCAGUAAGAACAUGCAAUCCUACUCUGUACAAGUACUCGGAAUGGAGAAAAUUAUGAGGACGAUGAUAUUAGAAAGCUUGGGUCUUGAAAAGUACUUGGAGGAGCACAUAAACUCCACAACCACCUCUCUUAGGAUCAUGAAAUAUGAUGCUCCAGAACCUGGUGAGCCACAGAUUGCAUUAGCACCACACAUAGAUCAAGACAUGAUUACCAUUUUGUAUCAGAAUGAGGUUGGAGGAUUAGAAGUUCAGUCCAAAGUAAAUGGAGAUUGGAUUAAUGUCAACCUUUCACCAAACAAUUUCUUGGUCUUAAUUGGAGAAACUUUUCAAGCAUGGACAAAUGGUAGAACAUAUGCUCCAAUACAUAGGGUUACAAUGAGUGGAAAUAAGGACAGAUACUCAGUUGGAACAUUUACAGCAACAAAGUUUGGAUAUAUAGUAAAAGCUCCAGAAGAGGUAGUUGAUGAACAAAAUCCCUUGCUUUAUAGGCCUUUUGAUUUUAUGGAAGUCAAUCAACGGUUCCAGCAAGAUUUACUCAGUAACUCUCAAAAGGAUAUUCCCACCAUAAAAGAUUACUUUGGCGUUUGAUAUUUGACUAUAUAUGUAUAAUGUCAUAAUGUUCAUCAAGAUUCAACUGUGAAAUGGAUGAUUUUGACAUUAUAAUAAAAAUGGAUGAAACUUUAAUUUGGAAU